AUGAUUAUCAAGACCCCAGAGGAGGUCUACCUGUACUCUCUGCCCAUCAUGGAGUCUAAGAUUCUUCUCGAAGUGCUCAAGAUCAUGCCUGUCCAGGAGCAGACUCGGGCUGGUCAGCAUCCCAGGUUCGAGGCCUUUGUUGCCAUUGGUGACGGCAACCUCGAGGCCUUUGUUGCCAUUGGAAACGACAACCUCCAUGUGGGUUAG